UACCAUUUGUCGCCUGUCACACCCUCUUAAUUUCUGGUUGGCAAUGUUAUAUUCACACUGUUCGGCAACAGCUAAGGUAAUUUGGUGUGUUCCAUGCCGAGGAGCAGCGCAUCGAGUUGCUUCUGCAGAGAUUGAGACCACCAGAGAGUGGGGCGAGUUUUGCCCGCGCACCAGGUGAAAGUAGGGCGACCUCGCAAGUCUGAACCAUUCCUGACAGUGGGGCGUGGUCUGGAAGACACGUUUUAAGGGCCAAACGCGUGAGGUCUCCGGCUGUUGGCUUGGCGAGUGAAAACGAUGGCCGCGGAACCCAAGAUCGAGCUGUUCAUUAAGGCCAGCGAUGAUGGUGAGAGCAUAGGGAACUGUCCAUUCUCCCAGCGUCUGUUCAUGAUCCUUUGGUUAAAGCAAGUCAACUUCACCAUCAACACAGUAGAUAUGAAGAGGUACCCCGAUAUGUUGAGAGAGAUUGCUCCAGGGAGCCAGCUGCCCUUUCUUAUCUACAAUGGUGAGCUCAAGACAGAUAAUAACAAAAUUGAAGAAUUUUUAGAAGAGGUUCUCGCUCCUCCCAAGUACCCUAAACUGGAUGUCAGAUACAAGGAGUCCAGGACUGCAGGCGAUAACAUCUUCCAGAGAUUCUCAGCUUACAUUAAGAAUCCACUUAUUGCAAAGAAUCAAACUUUGGAGAAGUUGUUCCUGAAAGCACUCUUGGAGUUGGAGAACUACCUGAACACACCUUUGCCACACGAGGACAGCUCUCGACCAUCAGAGCGAUUAUUCCUGGACGGAAAUGAGCUGACGCUAGCAGACUGUAACCUCCUGCCUAAACUCUACAUUGUCAAGGUUGUAUGCAAGCAUUAUCGGAACUUCACUAUCCCGAAGCAACUCAGAGGCCUGUGCAGGUAUCUGGAAAGUGCAGAAAAACGUGAAGAGUUUAUGAAUACCUGCCCCAAUGAAGAAGAGAUUAAACUGGCAUAUAAAAAUGUUGUGAAAACAUUGGUAUAGAUUUUGGUUUCUAGAGGUGUAUCAGAGAUCACCUCAUCUCCUGUCAUGGGUCUGUUUUUAUGCUGAUAAUUAGAACUGUCAAGCUUUAAAGCAAUACAGCAUUCUCACAUACAAAUCUCUCUGUUCAUAUUGGAUGUUGUGUUUCUGGAGCCUCCAUUUCUAAAGAGCCACUGGGGCCUACUGAAAAUCCAGAUCACCAAAGUGCAGAGAGGAGAUAGCUCAUUAGAAUAAUUAGUUCCUUUAGCUCUGUAUUGAUGCAAUUUCAUGAAUGAGAUGGUUAGAGUAUGGGAAAUGUAAACUAUAUUAUUCACCCCAACUCCACACAAUAAUGAUUUCAUUGAAAUUUUGGCAAAAUUAGCUUUAGAUCUUCAAAGGAUUCAAAGUACAUUCAUUUAUCAAAGAAUAUAUAAAUUAUACACCUUGAGAUUUGUCUGCUUACAGGCAGCCACAAAGCAAGGAACCUGAAAGAACCCAAUUUUAAAAAAUGAAGACUAACACUCAAUGCUCAGAGAAAGAGGGAAAGAAACACAAAUCGUGCAAACAAUAAGCAAGCAACAGCAUUCCGAACCAAAUUCGAGUCCGUAGACCCGAUUCCCCGGAACAGCUAGAGUACCCAAGCCUCGGUCUCAGUUCAUCAUAUAGCUUUUGGCUUGUUUUAAAGAUGAAGGUUCAAAUAAUCUGAAGUUAACUUUACAGACAGGCUAAACCUUUGUGAAAUCUCCAGCUUAAUUAAUACCAAGGUGUGCCUUCCAAUGAAGUUAUUUUUAUUAAUAAAUCUGUACUUGAUGAGAAAAUUACAGCCUGAGAGAUAUGACUGAAGAACGUGGCAAUUCUAAUUAAGAUGACACAAUUUUUCUAGAAGGCUGAAGAACCCCAGAAAGAGUUUAAAAAUUCUUGAUGUUCCAUUACAGAGUGACAGAUUGGUGGAAGUGAAACAUAAUUAGACAAACCACUCACAGCAGAUUACUUACAGCUCGUUACAACCUGGCAUUUAGGGCAGCAAUGAAGGUCUUCCAUCUCUGUCUGUCCAUACUGUCACAAACAGAUACAGAAGGAUUCUGUAACAGUUUUGUUUGACCAGUCAGAGUUGUUAGCACUGAGCUAAAUCGCAGAACCUGGAGGACCGUUGGACCACUCUUCGUCUGGACUCUACCCUUGACCUGUUUGGCGUGGAUGACACUACCAAGAGCCAAAGCAUAAAGCCCUGAUUCCAGCCAACCUACUUCUCUGAGUCAUUGAGACAUGCAAGCCUCCAAACCCUACAACAAGAUUGAAGUCCUAUUGGAGGACUCACUGCAGAUACAGAGAUAUAUUUUAAAAAAGUAUACUCUGACAUCAAAUAUAAAUAAAUUUUACCUUUUGCUUUUGUUGGUGAAAUCCUAAUUUUACUUAUCAGAUAGCGAUAAUGCAGACAAACUUUCAAGUGAUUACACCAGUACAGACCCGUCAAAGAAAUCAAGCGUUGCACUUAGUAUUGAUCAAGCACACAUUCUGCAAUAUGGUUAAUCGAUAAUUAAAUCUGCUUAAGUACUUUGAAUCAUAUUUCAUAUUUGUAUCUGUGUAUGUUUAAACACCUUAAAGUAUGAUUUUAAAUUAGGUUGUGGUGAAAAUAGUUACAAUAAAUUGCUAGCAGAAUUAAAUUACUUAGUUUUUCUGUUACAGAUUUAGAUUUCGGAAUUGCUUAAUUCUGUUUUCUAUUAAAUUUUAUCAAUUCCAGGAGAGCAACAUAUCCUCGAUAGCUGACUUAUUCAAAUGAAGGAUGUCACUGCUGUAUUAUAUACUGUAUAUUCUGUUUUUAAAUGUUGUACCUCAAAUAUUGGCUCUACAGUGUUAGAGAAGAAACCUUUAGACCUCAGAACAGGGUUUCCUGACCAUCUUUAUGUUAGGGUGCCGUACCAUUAAUUGAGUGGUUCGUGGACCCUAAGUUGGCAACCCCUGCCUUAGAAGGAAGUUGAUGGCCUUAUCAGUACAGCAGAAAAGUAGCAAAUGAGAAGUGUAAUGUGAUGCAUUUGUAGAGGUGCAACAAGGCAAGCUAAUAUACUGUAUGGUACAUGGAAUGAUAUUGAAUAGGUAUGAUGCAUGCGAUGAUACUGAAUAGGAACUGAGGGACCCAGAAAUGCAUAUGCACAGAUCCUUAACAGAAAUAGGACAGGGUUGAUAUGGUUAAAAUGUACAUAGAAUGCAAACCAUUAUGAGCUGGGGCUAAAAAGAAUAUAAGCAAAGAUUGGGGAUAAUGUCAGGAUGUGCAUGAUCAUUGCUAGACCACAGCUUCAUACUGUGCAUUGUUAUGGGCACAUGACUGGAAAAAAGUUAGUCCACUAGACAAGAAACAAGAUUGGAACAUUUUAGAGAUGAGAAUGUGGAUGCUGGACUCUGGGGCAACAAUCGACUGGAAGAAUUUAACAGGUCGAGCAGUGUCCACAGGGGAGUGAAUUAUCGACAUAUUAGGUCAAGUUCUUCUUCAGGAACUUUGUUUUUCCAGCAUAUUGUUUCUUGAUCUGGAAAAUUGUAGGCACUAUUGCCUUUUCAGAGGGGUCAAGCCAGAGUACAUAGACUUGAAUGAGUAGAAGGAUUAGAGAGGAAACCAUUUGAAGGUCAGGAGGGUGAUUUUAUAGCCCCCAUUAUGUUAAGCAUUGGUAGGCUGAAAUAUUAGAAGAUACAAACUAGCUUUGUUAUCAUGGGGAGUUUGCAGUGCACUGAACAACAAUAUAAACAAUGCAAAUUAAUAACAGGCACCAUUCAAAUGACCUUGAUCUUGCAGUUAUGUAUUGAGUCAUAAUACCUUGCAGUACAGAAACAGGCUCUCAGCCCAAUCCAUGCAUGCCAACCGUCACGUACUCAUAUACACCAAUCCCAUUUAUCAAUACUUGGUCUGUGCUGCUAAUAGAAGUCUCUUUGUCAUUUUAUAUCUGAAAUCUUCUGGAUUAAAUCUCUGUGCUUAGUGUUUACUAUUACUGCUCACUCAGAUAAUGCACCUUAUUUAUCAUAAGUAGUGUUGCCAUAAAUAAGCUAUUUUCACCAUUGAUGGAUUCCUGCUGCUCAAUGUACAAGUAAUGCUUCUACUGAGGGACCUUAAAUCAGAAUGUUUUUGUCACUGCAUCUGUAGUCCAUGGAGAAUCCCCAUCCAUGUUGAGAAGUUGCAUUGGUUCUCUGAUUCCCAGUGUGGAAUCAUAUUCCUGUGUCCAUGAAGACUAUGGAAAUUCCAGCCCUAAUCUCUAAUCUAUUUUACUGUGGCGGAUCUCAUCCAGGCCAAUGGUUCAAACUCUUUGUUAUCGGUGACCCAGAUUUACAGAGUGCACAGUGUUGCCUAUUGAGUGGAUAUAAGUCCAGGGCAGGGUCGGAUGUAUGACCUUGAUGAUACUGAUUGGAACAUUUCCUUAUGCUCCUUAACCUCAUCUCCCAAACCCCCAACCAUCAUCUGGAUGGACAUUGGCAUCAAGCACAUGGGAACGCCACCAGUUCCUAGUACUACAGCUUGUCAUAGUUUCUCCCCAUGUUAUCACUCAUUAGGCCCAGGUCUGACUGGGUCACAUUCUGCAAUACCCUACCUAACAGUACUAUGGGGUUACCUACACCACAGAUACUAAAACAAUGGAAGAACCAGUCCCAUCAGCACUAGGGUGGUUAGUGCUGGGCAAUAAUUGGUGCACCUCUUUAAUCAUAAUGACAUUCAUAUUGUUUUGCAUCCAAUGAUAUUCUCUUGGUAAUUAAAUCUGGAAUAACUUGUAUUUAAGUUGCUUUGCACUGUGUUUAAUGCAGUAGUGAUUUCUAAAAUUAUUACUGAUGUAACAGAAUUGGUUGCUUGUAAAUAAUAUCAUGAAUAAAAUUCUGAAUAAAUUCCAUGUU